UUUCAAUAAAACAUGUUUCGAUGAAUAAUAAAGUUGUCGUUCCAUCCACUUUCAUCUCAUAAUCUGUUAACUAAGCCACAUCAACAUUUUUUUUUUUAAAAAAAAUCACUAAACCAACUAACUAAACUCAAUUGUUCUUAUUCUUAUUUCCCCUGUUGUUUAAUACCUUUGGAAAAAAUGAAUAUAUUCUGCCAGCACUAGAACUUCCCCUUUUCCGCAAAAUGCCAUCUUUCUUCCAUGUGCAACGGUUGCUGAACUCUCAACUUUUGUACCGAUUGGUGGCGGGUCCAACCCAAAACAAACAGGUGAACGAGGGAAGUGCCAGCGCUAGUGAGAUAUUAGGCUGGAGCAUUGACAAUGCCGAAACUCAGGUCCAUUCAAUUCUUUACGCGACAAAAGUUGGUUUCUUUUGGCUGUUGGGUGGUGAAAUUUGUCAACUUUACAGAAAGGAAAUUGAUGCUUCUGAUUCUGCAGAGUGUAACGGAAUUGCAACGAUGGCUCAGCUCUGUUUGCAACAGUGGCCGGCGGUUCACAAUAAUUCUAUAGCUGCAUCACCAUGGCCCUUACAAUUCUUAUGAAAUUAAGUGCAGGAAACCGCCAUUGAUGGAUGGUCAGAACUCAGAAGGUACAGGAAAAACCAGCAUAAAUAUAAAGGUGAAUAUUAUUAUUAUUAUACAAUGAAUGGAUAUCUCAUAUAUGAUAUGUAAAAUAGAUCAAAUGAAUCACGAUACAAAUCGCCUCCACCUGCCCAGAAAACCAACCGGCUAGUACAACAAACCAAACCCCAAUCUGUAACUAAAAAAAAACCCCAAAACGAGAUGGAGAUAUAACGAGAAGCAAAGGGGAAAGAAAUUCCCUCUUUACAUCUUCAACAGACCCAUGAGCGAAACCACCACAGAGACGGCGACGAAAGCGCCGGAGGCGGGAACGGAGAAUCCAGCGCCGGUCAUCUGCGACGGCGAUGGAGCAGGGGCCAUUUCCUGGGCGGAGACGAGGGCCGCCAUGGACGCGACCAAAAGGACCAUGGAGAGGGCAGCUGCCAAGCUAAAUUGGGCCAUUGUUGUUUUUUGCUGGGCAAGAAAAAGGCUGAAUCGAAGGCUAGGGUUUGCAAAGAUUUAGAUAGCUUGAGCGGCGGUGGUGGUGGGAUGGAAGAGAAGAAGCAGAAGAAGUGAGGUUUAUAUAGAGGGUGAAGAAGCGGCGGGUGGGACCCACUUCCAACUAUAAAAAAAACAAUUUUUUUAAGUAGUUUCAUUUUCUUAAUUAUGUAAUUAAUUAAAUUAAAUAGUGGGGUUAAGUUAACCGACCAAUAAUGCGAUGGCACACUCUAAUAAGACAGCCCAGCCCAGCCCAGCAAAGCAAAAGUCCAGCCCAUACCGAUGGAGGCCAGGUGGUGGGUGGAAAGGAGCUGUUGAACUACUGAUUUGAGGAGAUCAUUCUUUGUAUGAUUACCGUGUAAAAGUUGGGGAAUUCAAUUGUGAAGCUGUAAAGCAUCCAUAGGUGUCAAAAGGGUUUAGUCAAAGUUAAGAACCUUCCUUCGUACUUGCUUCUUAAGGUUCCAUUGUUGUCGACAAGGUAAUAUUAAUAUAGCCUUGUGUUUUGCUUUUGUGUAUUGUCAAGCUGGUGACAAUGUCAAACUUAGAGUUAAUGUUUGGGGAAAUCGUCAACAAUCAGUUGCUCCCAAUAACUCGAGCACGCCCCCUCAAACGAAAGCCAAUUUAUGGGCUUGAAGUUUGCACAGGCCCACCAUGCCAUGUGCUUGAAAGACAACGGUUAAUAUUGGGGGUCGUGGAGAAUCGAACACAUGACCUUUCGGCUCUAGGCUCUGAUACCAUAUCAAGAACCAGUUGCUCCCAAUAACUCGAGUUGUUGGGAGAAGGUUAUACUGAAUCAUAUACCACUCUCUAACAGGAAUAAGAUGCAUGAGACGAUUGUUUCUUCGGUUCAUGGACAUCAGCAAUAUGUAUGUAUAUUUAGGCGAGGCAAGUCGUCGGCUUGGGUCUCUAAGUUACCGUAUGGAGUUCGGAUUUGAAAACCGUCCAGAGAAUUUAAGAGAGUUGAGAAAUGAUUUCAUUUUACAACGAGAAAUUUGAUUUGAAAAAUCGAUCAUAAAAUAUUUUCGUCAAUAGGAAAUCUCGCACAAAUGAUAAUUUUUCCUUAAACAUGUAGACGGUUUUGUGUACCUUUUUCAGUUUUUUGUUUAUUUUUUUAGUCUACACAUAAUAUAAUACACCGAACGGAAAAACGGGAGCCCCAUUUCAAAUUUCCUGCAACGAGAGUGAAAGUAGGAAGGACAUUUUGGUCUUCACACUUACUUUUUUUAAUUCAUUAAAAAGACACAUAGUGGGAUUCGAACCAUGACCAUUUUAAGGAAAAAUAAGGAUCAUAACCAAUCACACUAAGUACAUUUGUUGCAUCUUUUUAAAUUAAAAAGAUAUAAUAGCAUAGAGGAAAAAACCAUUCCCCCAUUUCAAAAUUCCUGCUCCAGGAGCGUUUGUAGGAAUGAUAGAAUAGGGAGUGUCAAUUUUUUCCUCUUUCCACUGUGGAACGGGCCAACUUACCGUACACAUGCGGAUUUAAACGGGUUCAAGAGUGUCAAUUUUUUCAUUAAGCCCUUUUAUUUCUCCGUGGUGAUAAAAUAUAUAUGAAGAGGCAAAAACAAUACUUCUUUUUAUUGCUAAAAAUAAAAAUUUAACAAUAAACUAAUGCAUGGUAUCUAAUGGGCUAACCGCUAACCAUAAAAUAAAAGAGUUGAAUUGGUUUGACCUACACGGGAUUUGGCCAUCAAGUAAAACAAAUGAACAUCAUUGGUUUGACAUUCUAAAACAAGUUAUUUUCUCUGGCAUAAUAUAUUAUGCUAUUAUUU